AUGGUGAGAGAACGAGAGCGAAAUAAUUCAGCAAAUUCAGUAACUACGAGAGUUGCUUCAGCAAAUUCAGUAACUACGAGAGUUGCUUCAGCAAAUAUCAUAGUUGCUACAACAGUUACGGUAAUUGCUGCAACAACUACUAUUACUGUUGUGUUACAACAAUUAUCGAAGUUUCUGCAGCAACUAUUGAACGAUGGUGGUGGAGGAAAAAGAAUAAAAAUGCAAGAUAGUUAUGCAGAGGGAGGAAAUGAAGGUGAAUAUGGAAGAGGUGGCAAUGGUAGUAAUAAUAAUAGUGGAGGAAGGGGAGGUGGCGGCGGCAGCAGCAACAAAAAAGGUGUGGAGGAGGAGUGGUGGUGA